AUGUUGGCCAAACACCGCCAUGCCGCGAACACCUACGAGCUCCUGCCGCGUGAUUCGCUCGACGAGGACUACACCGAGUUGCGGGUCCCGUCGACAUCGUGGAUCUCGCGGGUGGCCUCGACACUGCGCAUAACCAACUUCUCCAAUCGCGCCGUCUACGCACACUACGUUACACCGCGCCGCCGCAAGCGCUCCGUCCUCCGCCUGGUCUACUGGACCAUCUUCUCCGUCCCUUACUUCCUCGUCUUCCUCGUGCUCGUCGUGGGCAUCUUCUUUCCCAGCUACACCGUGCGCCCGCCACACUACAACGAGCUGCGCCAGCGGGCCCUCGACUCCGACCAGCCGGGCCGCGCGAACCCCUACAAUGAGACCGUCUUCAUCACCGCCGCGCUGUACGAGGAGAAGGGCAACUUGGCCUCGGGCGCAUGGGGGAAAGCAGUCCUUGAGCUGAUAGACCUGCUCGGCCCCGAACACGUUCACCUGAGCAUAUACGAAGACAACCCGGACCUGAAGACCAAGCAGGCGCUGAACCAUCUACGAGAGAAAGUAACUGCCAACUCUUCCAUCAUCUACGAAGAGCUCGACCUCAGCCAACUGCCCCACACUAAGCUACCCAACGGCGAAGAACGUCUCAAGCGCAUCGCUUUCCUCGCCGAAGUCCGCAACCGCGCCCUCGAACCCAUCGACGAACACGGAGUCAAGUUCGACAAAGUCCUCUUUCUCAACGAUGUCAUCUUCGACCCCAUCGACGCCGUCCAGCUGCUUUUCGCGACCAACAUUGAUGCCAACGGCAGGACCAACUAUGCGGGUGCAUGCGCCGUGGAUUUCAUAAAUGCCUUCAAGUUUUAUGAUCGCUUUGCUACAGUGGGUUUUGGCACGGAAUUGACUGGCAUACCCUUCUUCCCCUGGUUUACCAGUGCCUUGGGUGCUACUAGCAGGCAGGAUGUCCUUUCGGGCACCGACGCCGUGCGCGUACGCAGCUGCUGGGGCGGUAUGGCCGCAUACGAAGCGAGAUGGUUUCAACACCAUACUCCCCUCGACCACCCCGUUCAGCAUCCAUCAGUCGAGCACAACACAACUGGCUACAACGACCAUAUUCGCAACUCUCCAAUUCGCUUCCGUCACGCAAAGGCCACUUUCUGGGAAGCCUCCGAAUGCUGCCUCAUCAAUGCCGAUCUGCAAUACCGCGAGAGCGGCAAAGGGCUCCCUUCCGAAGCCCGCAUCUUCAUGAACCCUUUCAUUCGCGUAGCAUACGACGAGCGCACGCUAUCCUGGUUGUCCCUCACUCGUCGACCAGAACGGCUGUACUCCUGGAUCCACGACAUUCUCAAUCAGAUGGUCGGCAUGCCGUACGCCGCAAACCGUGCUCAUGAAGAGAUCGGAGACAUCGUCACAGAUAAUUGGUGGCAGUACGACGACCCAGUGAGAGGUCUGGCGUCCAACGCCACAAACGAGGACUUCAACGGACACUGGACCGAGGAAGCCCGAGUUGUAGAACCUGGCGGCUGGUGUGGUGGAAACAACCUGCUGGUCAUCAACGAGAAGCCAGAACAUGGCGAGGGCAAAUGGAGCAAGAUUUGGCCUCCACAUCCUCCGGCACAGUGA